UCCACGUUGGUUCAGUAUCCGUUGUACGUUCGCUUUGCGUGGAGUGUUGGGUCGUUCGCGUGCUCAUUCGUUUGUUUACGCUCGCAUCGAUCGUUCGUGCUGUGGUUCGGUUUGCGCUCGCGACGGACACGCGUUGGCCUGCAAGGUGUGCACAAAUUGACCGUCGGGUGAUGAAUGAGCGCGUUCAUCAUACUAAAGUGGUUACAUUUGAAGUGGUUCUACAAUUUAAGAGGUUCAAAAAUAGUACCAAAAAGUGAUUGUAAAAGAAACGCGAAGGAAACUACUUGACAAAGCACUGCCUUUGUGAGGAUAGGCAGAAGAAAAUAGGUCUGGUGACGCUGGUACGCUAGAAAAUCGUGGAAUUAUCACCUCCAAGCUGAGAAACGUCAACAACAAGAUCAAAAGGUAACAGCCGAGCAACGGUUUGUUAGCUGCAUUAAACACAACGAAGGAACGAGUAAGAAAUAAACCAAAUGCAAACUGAUAGAUAAUUGAAUUUGCACCCCACGCGCGGACUUGCUUGCAGAGUGAAGUGCAUUCCAGGGCUCCUCGGUGCAGUAUCGGCAAUAGCGGUGUUCAGCUUCAGACCCCACUGGUGAAGUGUUACGAUUGUACCCCGCGUUCGAACGACGCGUCAAGGAGCGAGAUUGUGAAGUGUUAAAAUUAACGUUGCUCUCGUUCGCGUUCAAUUAACAAUCCGUGCACCGCACUGUAUCCUCGCGUAUGUGACCCUGUGUGUACAUUCACGCGUGUGUGUGUGUGUUUGUGUGUGUGUUUGUGUGUGUGUAUAGCUCUAUUCUGAGCAGUGUGUGUAGGUGCAUCUAGGUGCGGUUGGCAAGUGUGCUGUGAAGUAUGGAUUGGGCGAGCUUGAGUGAAUUAUGCAACUGUGCUAGAAAUAUACAUAUUGUGGGCAAAUAUUUUCCAAUCCACUCAGGCUCGGUGCUCCGCUUUUUCAAUUAGCCGCAAUUAGUCGCUCGGCGAGAGAGAGAGAGAGAGAGAGAGAGAGAGAGAGAGAGAGAGAGAGAGAGAGAGAGGAGGCUUCGAGUCUUAUCGCUAACAGCCGAAAGGAAGAAAAAGAAGAAACAGAAAAAAACACAGCGGCCACUCAAACACGAAAACCGAUACGCCAUUUGAUAGGAAAUUGUGCACAAUUAUCGGCCGCUUGCAAGCCCGCAGGAUUCCAGCCAGCAGCAGGUUUGAAGUAGCAGCAAAACGUUCCAGUUUGUCGCUUCAGCAAUCGAGGAUCGCACUCGGCCAGCACCAUCCCAUUUGCUGCAAUUGAACGCGUGUGCGUGCGUGUGUGUGUGUGUAGAAAAACAGACCUCGCUCGCGCAACGGUGCGAGCGCGUAAUACCGGUUCAAAAUUUACAACAUCGCACGGCUUGCGAACCUAGAUCAGCCCAGUCGACCAAUGGGCAUAUCGGACGAGGGCAGCCGGCUGGAGGAUAUCGGACCCCAUGAGGCACGGCCACCGCAGGGCAGCCCACUGGAGCGCAGCGCUAGCACCGGCCAACUGAUGGGGAGCAGCGGGGGCGACCCGAACAGCCCACUGUCCGAUCCGCACAGCGACGACGGCGGGGACGAUUUCGCGCCGAAGCGGAAGCAGCGCCGGUACCGGACGACCUUCACGAGCUUUCAGCUGGAGGAGCUAGAGAAAGCGUUCUCGCGCACGCACUAUCCCGAUGUGUUUACGAGGGAAGAGCUAGCGAUGAAAAUAGGGCUCACCGAGGCUCGGAUACAGGUUUGGUUCCAGAACCGGCGGGCAAAAUGGCGCAAACAGGAAAAGGUUGGACCGCAGGGACAUCCGUACAAUCCGUACCUGGCGAGCGCGGGCCAGGUCCCGUCGGCGACCGUCGUCGCCCCGUCGCUGCCGCCGAACCCGUUCAGCCAUCUUGGCUUCAACCUGCGCAAACCGUUCGAUGCGGCGAGUUUGGCCGCGUUCCGCUAUCCAUCGCUCGGUGGCAGCCACAUGCUGCCGUCCGCCUACUUCAACCAGUUCCACCGUGUCUCACCGUUAUCUUCCUUCGUUGACGAAUUUUGCAGAGCGCCACCGCCACCGCUGCUGCCACCGGGCGUCGGUACGUUCUACACCCCGUCCGCCUCCUUCCAGACGCUGCUGGCGAACAUUUCCGCGGCCCAGCGAGCGCCCCCCGCCAUGCCCUCGAAGCCACCGACGUCCGGGGUGGACUAUAUGCCACCGGGACCGCCGGGCAUUCCGCCACCGCCGCCGCCCGGUUCCCAGGUGCCUACGUCGCCCGCCUCACCGCCCAUCUCGCCGACCGCCCUGCCGCCCGUCGUGCCAGUUCCUCAGGCCGCACUGCCGGCUCCACCGCAGCCACCGCCGGGGUCGGCGUCACCACCGCAGGCCGACCGGCGCAGUUCGUCGAUCGCCGCGCUGAGGCUGAAGGCCCGGGAGCACGAGCUGCGGUUGGAGAUGCUCCGCCAGAACGGACACAGUGAUAUCUUAAGCUAGGCAAAACAGCACUAAACCCACCGGCGAGCAGACGCACAAAGAUCACGUUUGUUUUGUUGUUUUGUACUUAAAGUAAGCCGAUCGUAAGUGAUCGCGAGCCACACAGCUAGAAGCAAUAGAAUCAAACCUGGAAACUCUGUACUCAAUAGAAUAAGUGAAGCAUUCCAACCCGAUCCGGCCUGCAUUUCGGCCAAACACAGGUCGACAUCAUUAGGACACUCAAUUAAUCAAAUUGGAACGGGGAAUGGGGUCCACCAGCAAACACGCAUCGGGUGGCACGGUCCAAAUUAAGUCUUCGGGCAGGCUUCCCUCCCGAACACCCGAUCCCCGACAAUCAAAACUCGCUUUCUCGUAUGAUUCAACCUUCCUUCCCUGCCCGUUUUGGGCAAGAUUUCUCGUAAGACACUCCUAUAAUUACUCGUUUCCCGGGAAGUAGAGGGAAUCCGGCGCUCGCUCACCCCGAGGGCGAUACGGCUUCUGUAUUGCUGCGUGCCAUCGUGCUAGCGUGACAAACGUCAACAGCAAGAGUGGUCACUUUCUGUGUCCGUGAGCGAACGUUGUAAAUUGCCGCAAAUUACACAACACAUUUCGGGACCUUCCAGCCAGUUCGAUUUCAAUCAAACGUCAUCUAGACACGUCACCGACACGGGGGACGAUCGGCCGGCGAGUCGAGCGUGUCCAUGAAUGAAACUCCUAAACUCCACUCUACGAAAUCCACUCCGCCAGUACCCAAAAACCUUCCGCUGCCGAAUCAUUUACGUUUUAAUGCCAACCGAUGCUGCCGCCGGUCUUUUGAUAGCGUAUUUUUCGCAUUCGCAACGUUAUGAUUAUAACCAUUAUCACCAUGCGAUUCGGCAGUGGGCUUCCCGAAUGGAGCGCGAUUCGGUCCCGGGAUGCAGGGCAGAAACGUUAAUGAAAGAUGGAGUCUUCUUGGGGGGAGGGAGGUAACCGGGGAACAGCUUCUGGUUUUCCGCACUGAUGCGCUCUGGAUGGCCGACUGCCCGGAAGCAAUCUGGCACACGAAAUAGGAACCCAGGAGAGUGUGGGCUGGCAGGGGAGUUAAUUUUCAUUUUCAUUCUAAAAAUGCCUUCGCUGAUGGACUCAUCGUUUCAGAGCGAAUCAAAAGUUUCUUAAUUAAUGGAGCGAAAUAGCGCCCAAAAAUCCGACGGUUUCAAGGACUCAAGGUUGCAAUACAAAUUCCUCUUUUAGCAGAAUCAUAUAAAUCACAGCACAAGAAGACAAAAAACGAAAACAAGAUCCCUUAUUUUGAAGAGGCGGAAUGGUGUACAAAGCAAAUUGGCUCUAGUUUUAUAGUACUUUACCUAAAAGUGUUGAUACUUUAAUUCCUUACUUAACUUCACGGCCCUACGCGAUAGUGUCAGUAGCAGUAGAAAGCUCAAUUUGAGUGCAUUAAGCAUAGUAGAAAAAGCAAGCGUAAUGGAGAGUACUUAAAAAGUGUACAUAAAAGCGUGAUGAGCCGAUCGUCGACGAUCGAACACGACCACAAAGUGUACCAGUGCAGUAGCAGUGCUUAGCUUUUAUUGUAGCCAGUUAGCCAAUGCGCGCCGUACUAUUAUUAUCAUCCUUUUUUACUCCGAGAAAGAUUGUAAAUAGAUUGAAAUGUCACGCGCGUACGCGUAUUUGGUUGGACAGUAGUGGUAAGUUGUUUUUGAUUGCUGAAAAAAUAAACUAUUUAAAGAAACAAAAAAGUA